CUGCCUCACUCCGCACAUAAACAUACAACCGAGCGGCGAGUGUGUUAGGGCGCAAGGCGGCGAUGUGGGAAAGUAGGUCAACCCUACUUUUAAACUUCACUUUCACUUAUUACAUCGCCUCCUAAUCAUUUACCGCUGCAACACCCAGCAGUGCGGACGCGUCUGCGUUUCGGUCCCAGUGUCAGUCUGUGUGCUAUAGUGUGCCUCCGCGCCGCCGCUCCAGGAUUAUUUUCAUUAUUUACCAGUGUCCAGUGGUGUGCAGUUUUUUACUCUAUCCGUCGCGAUCGAGGGAUGUGGCAGGCAGUGAUUUACGCCAAAAUCGAUUUCAAUCUGCUGCACUUGACCCUAGUGUUAUGGUGUCCUGAUUUCUGAGAAAUCUCGCCCACAUUUUCGUCCCCCGAGAAAACUCUUUGACUUUUUUGACUGUUUUUCCCAAUCGGCGCCGCGAACUGAUAUGUUAUUAGACAUGGAUCACCACUCGCUCGCGUCCAUGAACAUGCCGCCCUUUUACCUGAGCCAGUCGCUCUCCGGCGGCAACUCGAGUCCCCCGAACCAGCAGAACCUCUUCUCGCAGGGCUCCUCCACCUACAUGACAAACAACCAGAUGAACAAUAAUUCGACGGGUGGCGGCGCCGCCGGCGGCGCCAACACCCCGUCCCCCACAAACGGCUCCCUGCUGAUUCACUCCUUCAAUAAUUUGGAUCCGACCUGUUUGUUUGGCUCUUCAGGAGGCCCCGGCGCCACCGGCAUGACCGACUUCGGCGCCGCCAUGGGCGCCGCCGGCGCCACCUCGCUGGCCGCGGCCGCCGGCACGCCCGACCUGCCCGACACCAAGGACAUCAUCGAGGAGCUGUGUCCGGUGUGCGGAGACAAGGUGUCCGGCUACCACUACGGCCUGCUCACCUGCGAGUCGUGCAAGGGCUUCUUCAAGAGGACCGUGCAGAACAAAAAGGUGUACACCUGCGUCGCCGACCGCAGCUGCCAUAUCGACAAGACCCAGAGGAAGCGCUGUCCGUUCUGCAGAUUCCAGAAAUGCCUCGAAGUCGGCAUGAAGUUGGAAGCUGUGAGGGCGGACCGCAUGCGCGGCGGGCGAAACAAAUUUGGGCCCAUGUACAAGAGGGACCGGGCCCGCAAGUUGCAGCUGCUGCGGCAGAGACAAAUGACCGUCGGCGGCGUGGUCCGCGGCGGCACCCUGAUGGCCGGGGGCAACGACUCGGGCCUCAGUUACUCGCCCAACGGAGGCUACUCGCCGGCGGCCGCCUCCUCGGCCAUGCACAUCAAGCAAGAGAUCCAGAUUCCGCAGGUGUCGUCGCUCACCUCGUCGCCCGACUCGUCGCCCAGCCCCAUCGCUGCCCAGCUCAUGGGCAACUCGGUACCCCAGAUGAUUGGCAGCUCCAACAACCUCCUCAACUCCGGCUCAGGGGCUUUCGCAAGCGCAGCCUCGACGGCCCCCUCCGGGUCGGCCGUGGCCCAGGCCCUCGGGCCCAAAAUGUCGCCGCUCAUCCGGGAAUUCGUGCAAGGGGUGGACGACCGCGAGUGGCAGAGCUCGCUGUUCGGCCUGCUGCAGAACCAGACCUACAACCAGUGCGAGGUGGACCUGUUCGAACUGAUGUGCAAGGUGCUGGACCAGAAUUUGUUCUCGCAAGUCGACUGGGCGCGAAACUCCAUCUUCUUCAAGGACCUGAAGGUGGACGACCAGAUGAAGCUGCUGCAGCACUCCUGGUCAGACAUGCUGGUGCUGGACCACAUGCACCAACGCAUGCACAACAACCUGCCGGACGAGACCACCCUGCCCAACGGACAAAAGUUCGACCUGCUGUGCCUCGGCCUGCUCGGAGUGCCCUCGCUGGCCGACGCCUUCGGAGAGCUCGCGGCUAAGUUGGCCGAACUCAAGUUUGACGUCAGUGACUAUGUUUGUCUCAAGUUCCUGAUGCUGCUCAACCCUGGUCAGAACCUCCUACCCGAAGUUCGAGGACUCGUAAACAGGACGACAGUGCAAGAGGGAUACGAGCAAGUGCAGCAGGCCCUGCUCGACUACACAGUCACGUGCUACCCCCAGAUACAGGACAAGUUCGUAAAACUCCUCAACCUGCUACCUGAAGUCCACGCCAUCGCCAGCCGGGGCGAGGACCACCUGUACCAGAAGCACUGCACCGGGGGUGCGCCAACUCAGACUCUUCUCAUGGAGAUGCUGCACGCCAAGCGCAAAUAACCCUCCUCCUCAGUUGGUCACAGUGUUGUUUGUGCAAAGAGAUAGACUCGCCGUCCACUUGCAUCACAGAUGAACACAAACUGAGUCUGUUUUAUUUUCAACUUCUAUGAGAAAGGCCUCGUCUUCUUUCUUCGGAAGCACAAUGUUUCGGUGAAACGAACUUCUAUAGCUGAUUUGUUAAUUAGUUGGCAUCACUAACUGCGGCUAAGAAAUCACAUACACACACAUACACAUUACAAGAUGAUUGUGACUCUUUUUAAAUUGUUACAAAGAUUACCAUAGUUUCUAUUGAUGCGAAGAGUUCUAUAUUUUUGUCGUUUGUACUAUUUAGUUUAUGAGAUGCAGCUUUUAUUUGCCUAAGGUGUAAGAAAUUAGUAUUUUUAAACAAUGUUGUGCGGUUGAAUAAUUACAAAACAAUUUUGAUGCCGGCUGCAUCAAAAGCUAAGGAUCAGAAGUGUAGUAAACAGAAAGAGAGUUACCGUGAUUCUUGAAGAAAAAAUACGGCUCUUUUGCGGGGCUGCGUUUUCGGUACUGCUUGUAUUAUUCGAGCGAGAAGAUGUGCAAUUUUACAAAUCAGGGAGCAGAUGAUGAGAAUUAUAGUGAUUUUAAAUUUAAUUAUUCUUACUGCUACUAUGGUGGUGGAGAAAUUUUAUUUUUCAACGAGGCAAGUGAUUUGCGAUCAGAGGAAAAGAAAAUGGAGAAUCUCAGUGAGACUUGCCUUUUGAUAAAUUGAUUAAUCCUUGUCAGAGUCAAUGGAGGUUUCGAUCCAUGCUGCAAGAAGUAUUCACACUUUUUUUUAAUAUGAGGCAAAGUCAAUUUGUGUGUUGGGCCGGUCUUCGAAGUAGGCGCCUGAAUUAUUCAUUAAUUUUUUGCUUGGAUUCCUGGAGGAAAAGAUCCAACCAAGUUUUUUUUUCAAUUUUUUUUUACUACCCUGGAAAAACUCACAAAGUGGCUGGUGAUAAUUUUUAGAUAUCCGACCGCCUACUUUGGAGACCACUUUUAACAGGAAAGGAGAAUCGUUGAGGCUCCCAUUUUUUUUGUCGAAAACAAUACCAAUCGACGAGAGAAAGUUGCUAGUUUUUAAAUUUAAAUGAUAUCGAAACAAAACAAGGGUCAGUUUGCACACACACAUACACAACUAACCAUUUUUAUACAAUUGCGUUAAUUUAAUUGCGUCGUGGAUUCGUAGCGAUUUAUAAAAAGCUAGCUCUUAAGUUAUUGUACCAGUAAUGUAAUGCCCAUACAUAAUUUUUGUUUAACACACGUUUAGUUUAAACUACUGCAAACCACUACAUCCUUGCUGCUUCGCUGUACAUUAAUUUAUAUAAAUAUUAAUUUUAAGUUGUACAUUUUCUUAAAUAUUUUAGUUUUAAUAACGCGCGCGUGCUUCGAGUGAGAGAGAAUUUUCUGCCCAGUGUUGCAAACAUUCCAUGAUAAAGAAUUUUCAAAAAAAAAGCAAUUCAGCAAACACAUUCCGUUCAUUUUUUUAGAAUUUUUGCUCUGAAAGUCCGAACCCACCUCAUUUGCAACUUGUAAAGUGGAAAAUAUUGCGUAUCAGCCUCUCUUUAUGUUUUAUGAACGAACAAAAUUUUUAAAAUCUUGGUCCGGUGGGAGGACUAAAUAUUAAGGGGUUUAAAUGCGUUUCUCCUCUGAACGAAAGUAACACUGGCGAGGAUGGAGUGGUUUUUACUCUUCAGUGCUUUUCUUGAGUGGUUUCAAAGCUUAAUCCUCCCACAACAUUCAUCUUAUUAAUGAAUUGUUACUGCAAAAGCUUAAAUGGAAAUGCUUUCACAUACACACUUGUGCACUUUUUUGGAAGUAAACAAAAAACAAAUAAAAACCACGAAUAAUUAUUGAAAUUCAAUGUCCUUUAGUGGAGAGUAUUGGAUGUUAAUUAAGUAAAUUAAAAAAUCUGCAAUGUAAAAAUUUUUCUUUUCCAAAAACCCACAAAUUCAUAACGACAAUCGUUGGUGUUGAUGAAAAGAAAUUUUAACCAAUCAAACAAAAAUGUUCGAUAUUUUGGUCUAGCCGGAAGAGAAAAAUUUUUAAACACACGUUUCCUAAAGGAAAAUAUUCAUAAAUAUUUACAAAUUGGCCUACUCAACCAACUCUGUUCUUAACAGUCCAAAUAAAUGUCUCGACUCUGUAAAUUCUCUUGCAAUGCUGUUAAUUUAUAAUUGAUAUCCUUGAAUGUUCACUGCCAAUUUAGCUGAAUUUGUUGAUUUCCGCUUCUCCUUGUCGCAAGAAUCUUUGCAGAAAAGUUGGUUUUGAGAACUCGAAUGAAGCGUCCGGCAAACAGACUGUGAUUUGGCGGCCGCAGCCCAGAAUGAAAUUAAUUAUUUAACUCAAGCAGGCCAGUGGAGUAGUCAUUCCAGUACCUGAUUAGGUUGAGAUUGAAGCAGGAAUAUGCUAAAUUUUUUCACAGUGCGACUCCGACUGGCCUCGGAUCGAAUCGGGAAUCAAACAGGACUCGGCCGUCCUCGAAUUAGGCUUCCAAAGUAAUUAAAUGAUAAUAAAACGGGUCCUUCCAGGAACAGGAGUUUCCAAAUUGGAACAAAAUCACACUCCUGCCCUGAUCAAGAGGGCCCCACGAUUGGCUAAGCGGACGCUGAAAUUUGUUUCUUCUCAAAGCCAAAUUGUUCCGCAAUUCUCAGCAGUUCUCCUCACACUUGAACACAAUACAAAUUCACACAAAUUAAAUUUACAAAAAUGAUGUAAAAAAACACUCGCUGACUUAUUGUUACCUCUGAACAUAGAAGUAAAAAUACAUAAAAUAUAUAUUAAAUAAUUAUGAAUCGUUUGUGCUUGUAAAUAUGAUAUGAAAAAAAAUAUAUAUGUACGUUCAACUUGAGAAAGUUUUCAAGCAAAACAAAAAAAAAACAGAGGGAAACUACGGAAAUUAUUUUGUUCUUAACGCUGAAAACUAUACUACUACUAUAAGUCGCGAAAACGGAGAGUACACAGUAUGAUGAACAAUUAUUUUUUUAAAGCAAAUUAAACACACACUCACACAUACACAAAAAACACUGUUAAUCUAUUUCGGGGGCAAAUGAUGCGCUGUCGCACCCUUGCUGUGAGUGCGCGCGAUUGCUGUUGGAAUAAUAAAAUUUUGGCGUUGGGGUGUGAGUCGGCAGCAUCGUUUGUCGUCCGUUCUGUAUUAGGUGAGAAACGCGGGGAGAGAUUUUAUUGUAUCGAUUAUGUCAACGUGGACACUACGGAAAUAUUUACGAAAAUUGUUGUAAUUCUGCAACUCAAAAUAAACAGCAAACCACCUGUGCAAAAUGUGUCAGUGGAGUUUAGGCAUUAAAGCUAUGAUAUAAUACUUGUAGAAAUAAAUUGCAUAAAAACAAAGAAAGCCUU